AUGUCGGCGCCCUCGUUCUCGUCAUUUCCCCCUUCGUUCUCUUCGUUCCCGGACCCAGAUGCUGGUCCGAGCCGUGCGGGUUCGCCUCCCGACACAAAGGGCGACGGCAGGAAGAGUCAUCCCAAGGUCAAGGAGCACAAGGACAAAGAAAGCAGUAAGUCAAAGAGGCAUGAACGAGAGAAAGUGUCAUCCCACAGGCACAAGUCCAAGCCUGAAAGGCAACCCGAUCAUUCCUGGGACCUGGAGUACGACGAACGUAUCAAAGAGGGAGAAGACAGCAGGAGGAAGCGGGGCGAUCCUUCUCAGCCCUCGAGGGCUAGCUCGCCGCCGCUUUACUUCACUGACAAGAAGGGGGAUGCUCUCAAUGUCACAUACGGAGGGCUGCAUACAGGGUCUAUCCCCAAAUAUCAUGUAGUCGCUCGUGGAAGGCAGAUACUCGGCCUCCCUCGAGGCUGGACUGUGGUCCAUUGGAGCGGCAAAGGCGUGGAAGUGGGCGCAGGGACCCGGCGGAAGAUGCCGUCCUUGACAGACUCUCGAUCUCGCAAGCUACUGCAGUCCGCCCCUACCCGCAGACUGCUCGCAUCUGAUCAGAAGUACAAAUACGAUGAAGUUGAAGGGUUCCUGCGCAUCCGUUCAGGCAAGGCGCGAUCGGAGGAUGAGACGUACCGCUCCAUUACGCGCCGGUCAGUAAAUCCAGACUCUGAUUCUUCUGGGUCUUCCGAGUCAGAAAGGGAAGAUGACCUUACGUCUGAUGAUGAAGCGGAUGCCACGCCCCUUACAGCCCUUCAGAUCAAGUUGAAGGAACUAGAGCAGCAGAUCUCGGCCGACCCAUCCAAUGUGCAUACGUGGCUAUCCUUGCUGUGGUAUUCGCUUUCCAAUGUUCCCAUCACCUCCAAGAACGCAAACAGGGCGCGAACGGACAUCGCUGUCUCCGUUCUCGCGCGCGCAUUGUCAGCGCAUCCUAAGAAUCGUAACUCGACGCCCCUACGCCUAAAAUACAUUAAGGCGGGUGAAGAGGUGUGGCAUGAGAGCAAGCUGCGAUCGGAGUGGGAAAAUGCAUUGCAAGAGGUCAACGAUGUGGAUGUUUGGAUUGCCUGGUUCGACUGGAGGCUUAGAAAAGGUGAACGGGGCAUUGAAGGUAUGAUGCAGGACGCCAGCAGAGUCCUGAACAGCCUGCAACAUGAUGAGGUCGGUCAACUGAGGGUGAUAUGGAGAGUCGCGGUCGCUCUUCGGGAUGCAGGUUAUGUCGAACGGGCUGCUGCUGUCUUUCAAGCUCAGGCUGAAUUGACCUUCGAGGUACCGCAGUCUAUGUACGGCCUGCCCCUGGAGCAUCAACUUGACGCUCUAGAGGAGUUCUGGGAGUCUGAAGCGCCUCGUCUGGGCGAACCUGGAGCUCAAGGCUGGGCUUCCUGGAUAGCUUCCGGUCGGCCUGACUGUGCUCCGGCGAACUCGCGGAGCCGCGCGCCUUCAGUUGAUUCAGGCGACACAGACCCAUACCGUAGGUGGUCUGCAGAAGAACUGCGCUCUGAUAAGGACAACUUCUUGCCAUCGCGGUCGGUGGACGACGUGGAUGAUCCGUAUGCUACGAUACUGUUUUCCGACAUAAGGCCACUCUUGUGCAAUCUCACUUCCCAGAAGACCAAGCAUGCUUUCAGGCUGAUAUGGAUAUCUUUCCUGGGUUUGCACAUACCGGGCUUCGCGGCGUCUCUAUCACCUAGGCCAUCGGGGAGUAUGGAUGAUAGAUGGGCUUAUGAUGCAUUCGCCAAUGAACACAAGCUCAAUGCUAUCCUUCCGCGGGAUAACAAGAGACACCUGAUAACCGCGGAUUCCUUCGCUGGCGUCUUAGUCGGCCGGGAGCGGGCGUACAGCAGCGAAUUUGGGCCGGUGAAGAACUGGGGAUACGACAUCAUUGAUCCAUUGGACAGCCUUCUUGACAGCAAUGGUAGGGGCAAGGGCGCGUUCUGGGACCAACAGGACGUGGCAGGUGUGGAUUCAGAGUUGAUCAGGCGGGUGUUUAAGGCCUGUCGGCUCGGUGGGGUCGACGGUAAGGAUGCGGAAUGGGAUGCUUUGGCGUUGGCCUUUGAAGCAGCGCAAAGUAUUAAGAGCGCUCUCAAAUUAUCCAAAUCUUAUCUUUCUAUGGCAAAGGACUCGCUAGCUCAUUGGGCAAACCAUGCUCGUCUAGAACGCUUGCGCGGUCGCCCUGCCGCCGCGCGAACAGUUUACAGCAAUGUCCUCAUUGCCGCCAUGCCUGCCAACGCGCGACGACCUGCACUACACUGCUUAUGGUGGGAUUGGGCGCAGAUGGAGUGGCUCGCUGGCGACACGGAUGCCACGCUGCAAGUCAUACUGAAGUCUGUCGAUAUGCAAGGCUCGGGUGGCAUUGUAGUCUUGAGAUGCAAGAGAGCGCUAGAAGACAAGAUCAAAAGUAUAAAGGAUCCGCAACUAUGGAAAGAGAAGCAGGCUUUGAUAUGCUUGAGGGCCCUUGCUGACUUGCUUACUUCUGGUCCUUUGGCGGCGCUUACUGUUUUCGAUGAAUAUUUACUAGGCUUAGAAGCUCCCAGUCCUGGAAGCCACGCCCACGAGAGCCUCAAUAUCGCUUCCUUGGUGAUGUUGUAUCAUUACGGAUAUACUCUCCGCAACCCCAUGGCUCCGGGGCUCCUCCGAGAUCGGGUGCACUCUGUCGUCGAUCACUACCCCGGCAACACUUUUGGCAUUAGACUGCUCUUGGAGGUAGAAAAGGGCCAAAGCGUGUGGGGCCGGGUGAGGAGCUUGUUAUCCGAAGAGACCCACAAAGGGAAGGAUAAGGACAUGGCCAGGAGAUUGAUGGAAAUUUGGAUCUCUCUCGGGUGGGAGAAAGGCAAGUGGGAAGAAGAGAAAGAGCGAAUAAGAAACGCCCUGGGAUUCGCUGUCGAAAGCGAUAGGACUCGGGGAAGUGCCAUUCUUUGGAGGAUAGCAAUCGAGUUCGAGUUUAGGAACGAAGACUGGCAAAGAGCGAGGAAUCUUGUGUUCCGAGCUAUCGGGGAAUGUCCACUUGUGAAAGAGCUGUACCUUCUCGCGUUCGGUCCGUUACGGCGUGCCUUCAGCCCACAAGAACUGAAUGGAUUCGCAGAGACGAUGGCAGAAAGGGGGAUCCGAAUGAGGAAGGGUCUCGACGAGGUGUUGGAAGGCUGGGUGGCUCCGGCUCGAGAAAUGCGGGGACGGGGGGACGAUUAUGGAGAUGAAGAGAUUGAACAUCGAGCUGACGAGCUGAGAAGAUUAAUGCCUUACCACUGAUAGUUUUCCAUUCAAUGACUGAUGUCGUAUUUUGGUGUCAUUGAGGACUAUCUGUGGACUAUAGCCCCAUGGAAG